UAUCCGCCCGAGGGAGGACCUUCACCACUGCACUUGCCCGGUAAUUCUGGCUGUACCGUGUACCCCUCGGGUAAAACGGACACCCCAAGAACAUGGCAGAUGAAGACCUCAUCUUCCGCCUGGAAGGCGUUGAUGGCGGCCAGUCCUCCCGGACUGGCCAUGAUGGUGAUUCUGAUGCAGACAGUGACGAUGAAGAGGGUUACUUCAUCUGCCCCAUCACUGACGAUCCCAGGUCAAACCAGAAUGUCAAUUCCAAGGUUAAUAACUACUACAGCAACCUAACGAAAAGUGAACGGUAUGGGUCCAGCGGGUCCCCAGCAAGCUCCUUCCAUUUCAAAGAAGCCUGGAAGCACGCGAUCGAGAAGGCCAAGCGCAUGCCCGACCCCUGGGCUGAGUUCCACCUGGAGGACAUUCCCGCAGAAUGUGCUACUCGGCACAGGUACAAUGCUGUCACCGGGGAGUGGCUGAAGGAUGAAGUCCUGAUCAAGAUGGCAUCUCAGCCCUUCGGCCGAGGAGCGAUGAGGGAGUGUUUCAGGACGAAGAAGCUCUCCAACUUCCUUCAUGCCCAGCAAUGGAAGGGAGCCUCCAACUACGUGGCUAAGCGCUACAUCGAGCCUGUGGAUAAGGACGUGUACUUUGUGGAUGUGCGUCUACAGAUGGAGGCCAAGCUCUGGGGGGAAGAGUAUAAUCGACACAAGCCCCCCAAGCAGGUGGACAUCAUGCAGAUGUGUAUCAUUGAGCUGAAGGACAGACCAGACAAGCCCCUCUUUCACCUGGAGCACUACAUCGAGGGCAAGUACAUCAAGUAUAACUCCAACUCGGGCUUUGUACGUGACGACAACAUCCGCCUGACUCCCCAGGCCUUCAGCCACUUCACGUUUGAGCGUUCCGGCCAUCAACUGAUAGUGGUGGACAUCCAGGGUGUGGGUGAUCUCUACACUGACCCACAGAUCCACACUGAGAUGGGCACUGACUUCGGAGAUGGCAACUUAGGUGUCCGGGGAAUGGCUCUCUUUUUCCACUCUCACGCCUGCAACCGGAUUUGUGAGAGCAUGGGCCUCGCUCCUUUCGACCUCUCGCCACGGGAGAGGGACGCGGUGAAUCAGAACACCAAGCUGCUGCAAUCAGCCAAGACCAUCUUGAGAGGGACAGAGGAAAAGUGUGGGAGCCCUCGAGUAAGGACCCUCUCCGGGAGCCGGCCCCCACUGCUCCGUCGCCUUUCUGAGAACUCUGGAGAUGACAUGAGCGAUAUGACCUUUGACUCUCUCCCUUCCUCUCCGUCUUCAGCCACACCACACAGCCAGAAACUGGACCACCUCCAUUGGCCAGUGUUUGGUGACCUUGAUAACAUGGCGUCCAGAGACCAUGACCAUCUGGACAACCACCGGGACUCUGAGAACAGUGGGGACAGCGGAUACCCCAGUGAGAAGCGGGGUGAGCUGGAUGACCCUGAACCCCGAGAACACGGCCACUCAAAUGGUAAUCGGAGGUACGAGUCUGAUGAAGACAGCCUGGGCAGCUCUGGACGGGUUUGUGUGGAGAAGUGGAAUCUCCUCAACUCCUCCCGCCUCCACCUGCCGAGGGCUUCGGCUGUGGCCCUGGAAGUGCAAAGGCUUAAUGCUCUGGACCUUGAAAAGAAAAUCGGGAAGUCCAUUUUGGGGAAGGUCCAUCUGGCCAUGGUGCGCUACCACGAGGGUGGACGCUUCUGCGAGAAGGAUGAGGAGUGGGACCGGGAGUCUGCGGUCUUCCAUCUGGAGCACGCGGCCGACCUGGGUGAACUGGAGGCCAUCGUGGGCCUGGGACUCAUGUACGCCCAGUUGCCCCAUCACAUCCUGGCUGAUGUCUCUCUGAAGGAGACGGAUGAGAAUAAAACAAAAGGAUUUGAUUACUUAUUGAAGGCUGCUGAAGCUGGUGACAGACAGUCCAUGAUCCUAGUGGCCCGAGCUUUUGACACCGGUCAGAACCUCAGCCCAGACAGGUGCCAAGACUGGUUGGAGGCUUUGCACUGGUACAACACUGCCCUGGAGAUGACAGACUGUGAUGAGGGCGGUGAGUACGACGGGAUGCAAGAUGAACCGCGGUACGCACUCCUGGCCAGGGAGGCCGAAAUGCUGUUCACCGGUGGCUGCAGGCUGGAGAAGGACCCACAGAGAUCCGGAGACUUGUACACCCAGGCAGCAGAGGCAGCGAUGGAAGCCAUGAAGGGCCGGCUGGCCAACCAGUACUACCAGAAGGCAGAAGAGGCCUGGGCCCAAAUGGAGGAAUGACUUGCCGGAAAAUCACUGCCAGCUAGUCCCAAACAAAAGGGCUGAGAGGAAGGGGGGGAGACUUAGCUUAGGAAGGAAAAUCAUUUUUAGUAUGUUUUAAAUCAAUUUUUAUAUUUUAUUUUUUGACUCUUGAAAAUGUCUUUGCUACUAUGCUAACCAUCAGAGACUGUACAACUGUCCCUUAGGGCAGUAUAUGGGGAGAGUGGGAGUUGGAAAAGCAGCCCAAUGAACCAACAUGUCAUUUUUAGGCUCUCUCUUAAUUUUUAUUUCAUUUUUUGUCACGAGAUAUAAGAAAGUGCUUUUUGCUUUGGACGGACAUUUCAGGAUGGCUGAAAUCUCGGGCCCAUGGAGCCCUGUGUUUUAUGCGUCGGGCCGGGGAAUGUAGUGCUGCACGUAACUUUCCAUGGGUGCAUAUUGUGGUGACUUAGCCCAAAGUCUUCUUUCUCAGAGCAUUUGGAAGUGUGCAUGGCAUUUUUCAGAGGAUAUGGGAUGGCACCGUCUCCAGGCCCCCUUCUGCCGUGGGGAGGGGCACACUGAAUGCAUUCUAAACUUGUAGUUCAAUUUUCUCCUCCAAGGCUGCUGAUUCUCUCUAGCAGACUAGCCCAAUUCCAUUUUGUAAGCAUGCGUUUUACAGUGGGCUUUAUAAAACAGUUUGAUUUUU